AUUUACAGAAAAGCCCCAAACGGGCCAAACCCUCUUCACCCUCCCACACGCACCACCAUGCGGCCUACGCCGCCUCCCCCCAUCGCCGUGAUUCCAUGACCGCCGCCGCGCCGUCUCCUCCUCUGAAGCUAACCUCCGCCACCGCCUUCUCCGAUGCCUCCCCAUCUCCUUCUACACAGCCUCCUCCAGCUCAGGGUCCCACCUCGCCACCCCCUCCUCCGCCUCCUCCACUCCUACAACCCCAUUGACCGACCGCCGCCGCUGGACCAGCCCCUGCACGAUGCUGAGCUUUGGAUCGCCAAGGCGCUCGCGACUGCUGCCUUACUCCUGCCACACUACCUCCCGGCAUUCCGCCGCCUCGCGCCCUCCCAGGUCGCCGCCGCCGCCGCGCUCCGCCACGCGCCGUGCGCCUCCUCGACGCUCCACCUCUUCUCUGCGCUGCAUUCCCCCCACUCCCAGCUCGCCAUCCCCCCGUCCGCUCAUUCCUACCGCUACGUCAUCUCGUUGAUGUGCCAGUCCGGCCGCCACACUGAUGCCCUCCAACUGUUCGACCAAAUGACGGACCAGUCUGGUUACUUUCCCAAUGCUCGUUUUCUCUCGUUCCUGUCCGGUUCCUGCGCCACCGCAGGCCUUCUUGAUGCCGCUGCAGCAUUGCUCUCAAAGGCAUCCCAAUUUGGUUGUUCCAUUGAAGCGUAUGCAUAUAACAAGCUCCUGGGUUUGUUCAUUGGCCGUGGCCGGGUGCAGGACGCUGUGGCGUUGUUUGAGGGGUGGAUCCAGGGGAGAGUAUAUUCUCCCGACGUGUGGAGCUUCAAUGUCGUCAUCAAGGGGGUUUGCAAGGUGGGGGAUGUUCAAAAGGCGCUCGAGUUGGUCGAAAGAAUGGAUGAGUUUUGUUGCUUGCCAGAUACUGUCACACAUAAUAUUCUUGUGAAUGGGCUAUGCAGGGCAAAGGAGGUGAGUAAGGGUCGUGAGGUGUUGAGGAGGCUUCAGAGAGAUGGUGUUUGCAAGCCCAAUGUAGUGACAUACACCUCAGUAAUCUCAGGUUACUGUAAGGCUGGCAGGAUGGAGGAUGCAAUGGCAGUAUACGGUGACAUGGUUGCGUGUGGGACAUCACCCAAUGUUGUCACAUACAAUGUGCUAAUCAAUGGAUAUGGCAAGGCUGGGAAUAUGGGGUCUGCGGUGGCAGUGUAUCAGCAAAUGAUACUUCGUCGCUGCCUUCCUGAUGUUGUGACAUUUAGCUCAUUGAUUGAUGGAUAUUGUCGGUGCGGACAGCUUGAUGAUGCGAUGAAGAUUUGGACUGAGAUGUCUCAGUAUCAUAUUCAACCAAAUGCACACACGUUCUGUAUCAUAAUACACACAUUUUGUAAGCAGAACAGAUCAGGGGAAGCACUUCAUUUUUUGAAAAAAAUGAACAUGAGAACAGACAUUGCACCACAAGCGUUUAUAUAUAACCCUGUGAUUGAUGUACUGUGCAAGGGUGGAAAGGUGGACGAAGCAAACAUGAUUCUAAUGGAGAUGGAAGAGAAAGGAUGUCAUCCCGACAAGUAUACAUAUACUAUUUUGAUAAUUGGGCACUGCAUGAAGGGUAGGAUAGCAGAAGCCAUCACAUUUUUCCAUAAAAUGGUAGAGACUGGGUGUACCCCUGACAGUAUAGUAGUCAAUUCUUUUAUUAGCUGCCUUUUAAAGUCUGGGAUGCCUGGUGAGGUGGAUCAUAUAAUGCGUAUUGCAGCAGGGGGUGCUUCAUCGAGUUGGAAAGAUCCUUCUCCUGUAACCCAAAGCGUAGACAUUUCAGUAGCUGUAUAGCUGAAUGAUACAAUGGAGAAUGUAAGAAACAGCAUCUUGACUGUUUUCGGUGCGAAUUACGGGGCAUCUGGCGCUUGUCCAAAUAAGAAGAACAAGCUCUGUGGUUUUGCAGAACACUCCGUCGAAAAGAACUCAAAUGUAACCAUUGACAUCUUGGUUACACCAAGGGUAUGGAACUAUUGAGAGACUAAUCCAAAAUUUCGUGCUAGAAAGAAAAGGACAAGCAGCUUGGUGCUCCGUGUAUGCGUUGAAGUGAUUCGAUGAAUUCCAUAAAGGGAAGCAAAUGGUGGAGCUGUAAUUUCAAGGGGCCUGCUGAUCAGCUGCAGUAGUGCUACAUCACUUGCUCAAUGGACCCUUGACACACUCCUCAACACCUCAUGUAUGAUUUGUCGACUCCCUGGUAGAUGAUAAGAUCAUCCAGUCACUUGAACCUACCUGUCAAGAACCUGCUUCGUUUUGGAGGAGCUGUUACCUAAAUGAGGGGGAAUCAGCAGUUGAAGAACACGAUGGAAGUAAUUUACCCUCUAGCAGAGGUACUUAACUUGUAUUGUGCCUUGUUCAUUGUUCACUCCAGUACAGAAAAUAUUUUAGGAAAGGGUAGUUGAUCAUUUCAACUGUCAUGCACAUUGUGCGCUUUUUUCCUACAACCAUGCCUACAGAAUAACAAGUCUGAGCAUACAGUUUUGACAGUUACACCUUCUUUCUUUUUUGAGCAAGUUACCCCUUCUGCUGUGAUGCUUGUUAUGUUGUUUCUUAAACAUAUUUGUUACUUAGUACUAGCAACUUUCUAGUUUUUGCAACAUAAGGUAUGGCAUGUUGAGGCGCGUACCAGCCUGGCUUAGAAGUCUCAUAAACUGAGUACCAGAAAAGCUAACGCGGGUUUAACUAUUUUAAUGAAAACAUUGUGUUUAUCUGCUAAAACUUUGCAAAACACCUUGUUUCGUAGGACGUCAGUGUUAAGAUCAUGAUAUCCUGCUAAUUAAGCAUAAUAUGCUCCAUUGAGCCAAGUUCAAUGGGUAGAUACUUCGUUAUUCGGUGACCUGUUAUUUCAAUACAUAGAGUAGUCAAUAUAGAUUCAUAAAGCUGUCUCAGGAAUGUUAUGUGCGCCUGUGUCUUUGUGUGCUCCUUUUGCUUUGUUGUGUGUACCACUGUUUGUCAAAGAAAUAAUUGAGCAGCACACACGUUAAGCUCAUAUAAUAAACUCUUGGCACUACUACAUCAUCAAUUAAUCACUCGCUAACUUCUGAAAACUGGCUAAAUCUAAUAUACAGUGUAGCUGAGCUGAUAGCCUGAUACAGUGGGAUGUUGUCACUUUCCAGUGGACAUACAUUCGUUUGACCUCUACUUCAAAAUUAAAGUAGGUGCUGUAAGUGAGCAAAUUCACCCAUUCAUUUUAUUAACAUCUGGUGGAUUCUCCAUGAAUGUUGUCAAGAACUGCCAUCACCCCAAUGAUAAAAGCCUGGUCACAUCCUGACUGCACUGUCACGUGGUAGAAGUCAUUACUUUCUAUCAGCUCUUUCUUCCCCAUCUACAGUUUGAAGAAUAUAUUUGUUAGAUCUCUAUCUUUUUUGUAAUGCACAUAUGCUUGUCGCAUGCACUGAAAUUCUUAUACAUUUUACCAGACACACUUGCACAGACAUGUAGAACAACAAUCAAACAAAAUCACUGGAAAUAGUCAAACAACAUUCCUUUACUAAGUAACCAACAUUUCACUUUAGAUAGCAUAUAUAUUUGUUCUUCCCUGAUGUCAUGGAAUAAUUCUUGUUAAUUAUAAUCCAUGACAGAAUGAUAUGCAUGUACUCAGUAAUUUUGUGAUAACACAGUAGAACUCUACAAAUGGGUUCAGUCCUUGGAUGGAUCAACCGUUGGUGUGUCGCACCCACACACGCAUGUGUCUUAUGUGGUAAUCCGUGUGUCUGGCGGUCCAUGAGGUAGAGGAUGAACUGUGAAUUUACCUAAGCAACCUUGGCUCUAGAUCAAGCUUGUGUUUCAGUAGGAUGUGCAUCUAGUAACUUUGUGAUCUAAAGAAGAAGAUACACAUCUAGUAACUUUGUGAUAACACAAAUAUAUCUUACAAAAUAAAUAUAACUUGCUGAAAAAGCACAUGUAGAAACUUUUUCUUGCAGGGGAUUAUGAAGGUAUGUGUGGCAUGCCUGCACUACUAUUUUGCUGGUACAAUCAAUCAUUGUGCAGUAUCUAUCUGCAAAAGAUAUGUAUGUUCUUCUGGCAUGCAUGGAAAUUCUUAUAAACUUUACUAGACACACUUGCAUAGACAUUUAUAAUAACAGUUGAACCGGUAUGGCUCAAGCCCAUCUCAAGCUUUGUCACUUAGGGCCCUGACCUAGAAGGGGGCAUCCAGUCCUCCAGUUUCUGUGCAAGCCGCCACACACACACAUAACUCGCGCGGGCAACCAGACAAGAGAGCUCGAGCUGUCUGAAGGUACUGCUCUCCCUCUCGAUCUCAACAAUAACAAUCAAGCAAAACCACUGGAAAUAAACACCAUCCCUUUACCAACAUGGCAACAUCUCACUUUAGGAUAGCCUUUGCUUAUCCUUUCCCGUGUUGUCAUGGAGUAAUUCUGUUAAUUAUGACUCAUGGGGAAUCUGUAGUUCACAACUAACUUGGCCAUAUGAAGCAAAUAUAUGCACAUGCUUUGUAAUUUAGUGACAUGACACAAAGGAACUCUACAAAAGAAAUACAAUUCACUACAAUUACAUAUGUAGAAUGUAUUGCUUGCAGAAGAAUUAUCAAGGUAUGGAUGGCAUACCUGCGCCACUAUUUUUCCAGUGCAAUCAAUUAUUGUGCAGUUCCUAUCUGCAAAAGAUCCACAGAUCUCGAAAUCCCAAUUAUUGCAGUGCCUCUUUGGUUCAAUGUGAAUUCUAACCGGUGCACCUUUUGCUAUGCAUGAUUUGGGAUCAGUUAGGCUAAAGACCAACUUGUUUUUCCCUUGGUAAUCCAUUGAGUACCCAUUCCAUUUGUUCCGCGUGCUUAGAGCCUGUACAAUUCCUCCCUGUAAUGGAGCACACAGAGAGUUUCAUUCUGGUGAUAUUCAAAGAAAUAUAGGGUAUACGGACAUGAGCGAGAGAUCAUUUGUGUUUAUCUUGGCUGUCAACAGUUAAGUUUUCACUAUUCACCCCCCCCCCCCCCCCCACACACACAAAAAAAAAGA